GUCUGAAUAUGUCAUAAAUUGUCAUCAGCGGACGUAACUAUUUUUAAUUAUAUUAGUUGUUAUUUUAAUACUUAUUUAUGUUUUCAAACUCGAUUUUAUAAUGCCGUUUUAUAGGCACCCCCGUAACUUCGCCCCGCUUUCAAUAGCCGCUGAAAAGAAGUCGAUAAAAAACGGUUUACACCAUAAAAUAUUUACGUCUAGACUGGAUGUUUACAAAGGGGAAUGGAAAUCAGACCUAAAAGAAGGAAAAGGUUCUUUUUACACAAUCACCGGAAAACUGUACGAAGGGGAUUGGUAUAAAGGAUUCAGGCACGGAUUCGGCACACUCAGCCACCGCCUCGACAACGGCACAUUCCGUCUCGACUACCGUGGCGACUGGGUCCGCGGCAAGCCGGAGGGAGUCGGCGUGUGGUACUACGAGAACGGAGACGUAUACCUGGGCCAUUGGAAGAGGGGGCACAGACACGGGUUCGGCAAGAUGUGGUACGCCGACGGGACCUUUUACGUCGGGUAUUGGAAUACGAGCUUGAAAGAGGGGUUGGGCAUGUUCGUUCAAAAAAAUGGCAACCGCUACGAAGGGCAUUGGGAGGGAAACAUCAAGAGCGGUAUCGGCCGGUUCUACCACUUGCACACGGGGCAGAUGCAGGAAGGCUGCUGGGUGGACGAUAUCUGCGUCAAGUCUAGGAUGUCCGACAUUAUCAUACGGCAGUUCUGUGAUAUGCCCACGCCUUACCCCAUCCCGCCUGAACAACUAGUAAACCUCAGAAAAAUCCUGGAUGACAGCGAACUUUGGCUGAAAAUGAAAAUAGGAAAUAUUGACAAGAAACUACGCUACUGUAUUGACCAAAUGUGGUGAUAUAUUGCUAAACCAUAACAGAUCGUUCGAUUAUAAUUAAAGUGGUACACACUGCCAUCUUGCACGGAU